AUGAAUUCAGUACGUCACUCGCUCUUCGCCAUACGCAGCCCCGGGAUUUGUUGGGCCCCUAUACGCCACUUCAGCAGCAUCCCUGCCACGCGCGCCUGUCAUAAGGAGCCUUCUUCGAAUGGCCCACAGGAAGAAAAGACCUGCAAAAGUCAAGAGUCUAUCACGAAUAUCCCAUCGACCCCCUUAUCAACACUCCGUCUCCCGUUCUGGUCCUGUAAAUCCACCUGGCGAAGAGCGGGAAUCAACACUCUCCGCUGUCUAGUAGGCUGCACAGCUGGAGAUUUCUCUGCGUUAUGGAUUCUUCAAACCUAUUAUCCAGAGCUAGGUACGAGUAACAUCAUGGCUAUGUCGAUGGCGUCCGGUAUCACAACUUCCAUCAUCCUCGAGACAGUUCUGCUCCACUGGGGAGCUGACCAGCUUCCUUGGGUAAGAGCUGCUCGUACCGCUAUGGGUAUGAGCAUGGUUUCUAUGCUGGCCAUGGAAAUCGCAGAAAAUGCUGUUGAUUAUCAUUUGACAGGUGGAUUGGUUGCAUUCGGAGAUCCGAAGUUCUGGUGGGCGGCUAUUGUCUCGAUGGGGGUUGGGUAUUUGGCGCCUCUGCCUUAUAACUAUUUGCGUUUGAGGAAAUAUGGAAAAGCUUGCCAUUAG